AUCUCGGUCACGUGAUCGCACAGCGAAAAGAGAGAGGAGCUAACCUCAAAGCUUCUUGUGUUUACAGACAAGAAGUGUGGGUGUUAGUAGGAUGCAUUCCGGAGACCUGACGGAGCUGGGCGGAGCCAACCUGACGGACGCCGAGAGAGAGGCGCUCCUGGAGGUCAUGCAGCGAGCAAAGGUGGCUACAUAGCCUGCUUCUCUGCAUUCCUUUGUACUUAUCACUGCCCAGGACUUUGACGAUAAGGCACAGAGAGGCAUGAACAGUAGGUUGGAAGGUCAGCUGAGCAAGUGGACCAAUGCUCUGAAGGGAUGGCAGCAGCGGUGGCUGAGUGUGGACCAGCAGCAGGGAGUCCUUCACUACUACACUUCGGAGGACAGGAAGAAGGCUCCUCCCAGAGGCUCCCUCCAUCUGUGGGGGGCCGUCAUCGCCCCUAGCGACGAGGACUCCCAUUCCUUCACCGUCAACGGAGCCAACGGAGAGGCCUACAAGUUGAGGGCGGCGGACGCCAAGGAGAGGCAGUACUGGGUCUCCAGACUCAGGAAUGAGAUUGAGAGAUGUACAACUGUCCACUCUGGAUACGUCAAGACUCAGGUCUUCCUCCGUGUCUGUACUGUAUGUAUUGUGUGUUCCACAUGGUGGUGAAUACAGUGGAACCUCUGAUAAGGGACCCUCUGAGAUAGGGACGACCUCUCUACAAAGGACACUUGUUUCAACCCCAUGCUAAUACUUAGUGUAUUAUUUGACCUCCGAGAUAGGGACGACCUCUCUACAAGGGACACUUGUUUCAACCCCAUGCUGACCUCCGAGAUAAGGAGGACCUCUCUACAAGGGACAAUAUCAUUGGCCUCAUAGUGUCCCUUGUUCGGAGGUUCCACUGUACCUUAUGAAAGGAUGCUAGUACAGAGGGUCUGUCAGUUAUUGUAUGCAUAACAUGUGGACCUCAUCAACAAAGUCACAAGGCAAAGGCAUUCAACGAGAUGGUGAUUUUCUUUUUUAUACGCAAAUUGCAACAUUUAGGUUUUUUGAGAGAUAGGAUUUGCUUGGCAUGUGUCCACAACGAGGUAGAAAGGCAAAGCUAAGAAGUCAACGUAUAAGUACUUUCACAAAUUCACAAAAGCAUUGUCACAAGAAUCAGAAAUGUGGAUGAUUUGCUACAACGUCUGUCCCCAGGUCCAUUUGCCCAGCACCACCUCCAGUCCUCAGCACACCCCCAGCACCGUCCUCUCAUCCUCCCCACUCUCACCUGUCACCACAACCACCACUCCCCUCUCCCCCUCCUCACAAGUGACCACACCUACCAGGAAACAGUCCCGCUCCAAGGGGCGUGGCCUCGCUGCCUUAGCCUCUCGAGCCAGUCUGAAGAAGAGGUCAUCAAAAUCCAGG